UUGUUUGCGUUCACUGCAAGCUCAGGGAUAUUUUAAACGGUGUAUGGGUGAAGCAGCAUCAAAUAUCUGUGAGGGGGACACAAUUCAAAAAUAACUCAGCAUAGGCAGGGAUACAGACACCAGAGUGCAAUGGUGGAAACUAAGUACAUUUACUAUUGUGCUGUAGAUUGAGACACCAUGACUGAAGAAACAGCCAAAGGGAUCCACGUUGAAGACUCGGGGAAGGACAAAGGGUCCCCAGCAAGGGAGAAGUGGGCCAAUAACGCACACUUCUUGCUCUCCGUGGUGGCAGCAAUCAAUAGCUUUUCAAAUUUGUGGAGCUUUCCAUAUCUGUGCUAUCGGCAUGGAGGAGUUAUCUUCUUCAUCCCUUACUUUAUGUGUCUCAUCUUUGUCGGCGCUCCCAUGUUCUUCCUGGAGACUGCAUUGGGCCAAUACACCAGUGAGGGUGUGGUCACUGCCUGGAGGAAGAUUUGCCCUAUGUUCGAAGGUGUGGGGGUUGCGUCCCUAGUGGUCAUGAUCUAUCUGAACAUCUACUUCAUUUUGAUGUCGGCCUGGACUAUUUUCUACCUGAUCAGCUCUUUCAUAAGCCCUCUGCCCUGGUCCACAUGUAGCAACAUUUGGAACACUGCCGAAUGUCAUACUCGUUAUAGCAUUUAUGCGAACCCCCAUAUGUUUCAUACUGAGUCCAACUGGUCAUUCCUAAACAACUUCACCUCAGAUGACGGCUUAGAGAAUGACAGUUUCAUGAAUGGGACAGAUGAAUUGCUGACAUCAUCAGAAGAGGAAUUCUGGAUUAAACGUGUGUUAAGAAUAUCAGAUGACAUGUCGCUGGGUGAGGUACACUGGGACCUGGCUCUGUGUCUCCUGGCUGCCUGGAUAAUAUGUUACUUCUGCAUCUGGAAGGGAAUUAAAUUCAUGGGCAUUAUAGUAUACUUCACUGCUACAGUCCCCUACCUGAUGCUGCUCAUCCUCUUCUUCCGUGGGGUGUCACUCCCAGGGUCUCACGCAGGCCUGGCAUAUUACCUCUGGCCUGACUUUGACAAGAUCAUUUCUGCAGAUGCAUGGUUUGAUGCAGUACGUCAAGUGAUCUACUCCUACAUCUUGUCUAUUGGAGUACUGACUACUCUUGGAAGCUAUAACAAAUACAACAGCAACAGCUACAGGGACUGCUUUGUACUGUGCGGUCUGAACUGUGUCACCAGUAUCUUUGCUGGCCUUGUUGUAUUCUCAGUACUCGGAUUCCUUGCUCAUGACCAGAACGUAGACAUACAUGACGUUGUUUCGUCUGGUCCUGGUUUGGUUUUCAUGGCCUUUCCUAAGGUUCUGUCAAUGCUGCCUGGCUCGAUGUUUUGGUCUGUGCUCUUCUUCCUCAUGAUCCUCCUCCUGGGUGUGAAUGUUCAGUUUGUGGUUUUGGAGAGCGUGGCCACAUCCAUCACAGACCUGUUCCCACAUCACCUGAGGAAGCCUGGAAGAAGAGAAAUACUGACCCUGGUCAUCGCUGUGGUCUGCUUCCUACUGGGACUGCCACUUGUUUCUCAGGGAGGAAUAUUACUCUUUCACACUAUUGACAUGUAUGGGCUCAAUGAAGUAAUUGUCCUCAUCAUUAUCAGCUUUGAGUGCAUUGGCAUUGGCUGGGUGUAUGGUGCAGACCGUUUCUUACACAACAUUACAGACAUGAUAGGGUCCCUGCCAGUCCCAGUGCUGAAGUACUGCUGGAUGUUUAUCACACCGCUCAUCUGUGGGAUCACUCUGGUAUUUAGAACAUCAUUCCCACCCAUAUUGGAGGUGUAUGGCUAUGAGGCCGGUGAGGGGAGUUAUAUUUUGGGCAGGCUACUCGUCGUUACUCCACUGAUAUUCAUCCCAAUUUUCAUGUUGGUCUCACUGCAUAGGAAUUUGCAAACUAUGUCUACACCAUCCAGUGACCUGCGUCAGGCUUGGGCACACAAGCCAGUGCUCACACUGUGUAAGAGCGUAAUCUUCAAGGCUCAGGUGCAGCCAAGCAGCACCAUGGCUGAAAGAAACGAGAAGAUGAUGAUGGAGGAACCCAUUGGAGUUUGACUGUAAUUGAUUUAUAGAUCUUGCAGCAAAUUAUGUUUCUUAGCAUCAUUGCAAUAUACGCCAAAAACAAUUAUUUGAAUCAUAUACAAUGUUUUAUUCAUAUGUACACUUUUCACAAGUAUUCAGGGAGGUCAUUUUAGGAUUGUUUUUUUUUUUAACCUAUGUACAUUUUUAAACCUUUUUAUAUUACCUUUAAAAAAAAAGAAGAAGAAAAAUGUAAAAGUCCCACAUAAUGUACAAACUCAAACUAUGACAUUAACAGGGUAGUGAUUCCUGGUCAUUUAUUACAUUUGUUUUAUCUGCAAUUUAAAUGGUAUUAGCUGUUUAUUAAAUGUAUAAUUACAGACAAAACUGAAUGUGCCCAUGAACUUCAGUGUCAUACAUCAUGAAUAUUAAACAUAUUACCUUGUGUAAACAAUGGCGAUACAUCUCAUUAAAAGUAUCAAUGU